AUGGAAUUGCCACUGCCCAACUUUCGUGACGGCAUCGAAUCAAACCAUCCUGAUCUGGCUGAAAAGGCUGAAAACGUCUGUCCAUCCUUGCUUGUAGUGUCGGCCACCUUUGUCAGGCGAGAAUCUUGUCUCAAGAGGCGCAACGUCGCAAACGCACCCUUACAGUUGAGCAUCGCUCAUCGCUUUGAUGCACGCCGCGUCUUUCCGCAACCCUCGCAACAGGUUCACACACUUUACCGAUGCUCUCAUGUCUGGACUAAAGACCAGAUCUUUCCUGCUGUUCUCGAAUCUCCCUUUUGUGUCUCGCAGCCAAGUGAGCAGCUUCAGCCUGUGUUGCACAGGUACAUACAUGCACAAUGUUCCACUGAUCCUGCCGGAUAA